AUGCGUGCCGAGAGACCUGUUGCUGAGAGACCUGUUUCCGAAAGACCUGUUGCCGAGAGACCUGUUUCCAAAAGACCUGUGAUGAGAGACCAAUUUCUGAGGGACUUUUUAUCAAGAGACCAAUUGUCGAGAGACCUGUUGUUGAGAGACCUUUUUCUAAGAGACCUUUUUCCGAGAGACCUAUUUCCAAGAGACAUGUUUCCAAGAGACAUGUUUCCAAGAGACCUUUUGCCGAGAGACUCGUGCGUUCUGAGCGGCCUGUUGCAAAUAGACCUGUUUCCGAGUGACCUGUUUCCAAGUGACUUGUUGCCGAGAGACCUGUUUCUGAAAGACUUGAUUUCGAGAGACCAAUAG